UUCGCCAGCUGCUCCCCGGGGUUGCCAGUUCAGAGCAUUGGCGUGCCUUUUUGUUAUGUUGUGUGUAUUAAUUUGAGUGAAGCAACAACGUUCCAUAGUUUGUGGUUAAGUGCGAAAGAGACCCUCUGUUGGACUAAUUUCCUAGCAAUGCUUGUGACAAAAAGUGAAAUACUGUAACAACACAGCUUCACAGCUGCAUUACAUCGAACAGUGCAGUGAACUAAAGUGAUUACUGUGAACAAAAUGAAUCUAUGUCAGAUUGAGAUUGUGCUGGUUCUCAUUGCUGUUUGGGUGAACCAAGCAUCUGCGGCGCAGCAUCCAGCUCAGCUGGAAGGAUGUCCGGAAGCGACACGGCCCCACCCUGGACGUUGCGAUCAGUAUUAUCGCUGUGCGUUGCUUCCUUCGAAAACGGCCGUCUGGAUAACGACACAGUGCCGGAAAGGAUUGAUUUAUCGCCAUCAGCGGAGUGGCUGUGUAGUGCCGGAUAACGAUUGGGAGUGUGAUCUUUCCUCCGACCUAGUGCGCGAUCAUAGUGAGGAAAGCAUUUAUGGCAUCGAUAACCCUCAUCAGCAGGCCUUUCCUCCGAGUCGCACGCCUCCGGCUACCGACAACCAAAUGAGGCCGACUGAUACCAGACGAACACAAUACCAGCUGCCCUCUAUUGCUGGAGAUGAUCGCCGGGGAAUCCUCAUCCUGAUGGACCAGGAGUUAAACAAUCGGACGCGCAUCAGGAGCACCGAUUCGCUGGUGGAAGAGCAGAACGGCACUGGUGAGGAAAGCUUGGAACGGGUCGAUGAAGAUGUCGAUACAACGGACGUGUUGACGGACAAUGGUACGGUCGUAAAGUCAUAUUCGCCGCCGCAUUCCUUCCAUCAAGGCGCGGACCGAGAUUCUUUCGCUAACAAUGAGCAACCCCCGCCAAAGCCCCUAGGUCAAGGCUUCCUAGACUCGUCUCAUCUGAACUCCAUCCUUGGGGACUACAUCAUUCAAGGUGGUGGUGGUGGUGGUGGUGGUCAAAGCCAUAAAACGAGGUUGCCGCUCCCACCGAAUGGGAAAAUCCAUCCCGAGCAUCUCACCCAAAUUAUUAACCAGCAAAAACAGUUAAACCGAAUUGCCACUCAAAUGAAACAACGCGUCGAUCCGACCGGGGGUGUGGGAGAUUUUUCGGCAUUCGCCAACAACAGGAUCUUUUCCCGCAAGCCUGCUCUGCCCUACGAUUAUCUUAUGGAUGCGAGUUAUACGAUGAGCUCCCCUCAGCAGCAUUUGAUCGAUGGUGGUAAUGGUGACAAAACGUUCAAACCCAAAGGACCGUACAUGUCGGAGGACAUCAUAAAAAGUAUCCUUCAAAUUUCUCAACAAAUGAUUGCAAAUCAUCAAAAAACAGCAUCGACGGCGGAGAUGACAAGACCGGAUCCGGAACCAGUGCCGAAACCGAUAUUUCUUCCUCUAUCGGUUGGAACCACUUCUGCUGUUGCUGCACCACCCAGCCCUAUACCGGAAUACGCGACACCCACCAAACCCAAGAUCACGACCACCUUCAAUUCAAAGCCGAUCGGUAUUAGCUUCACAAAUCCGUACACACUGGGUCACACGGCGGUGUAUGAUAACCUUCGGAAUCAGCCCUUAAAUGAGUCAAUGUACUACAGCUCCUACCAACCGACGCUUUAUGACAUUUAUGGCAAUCGGUUCGUUCCAAAGGAUUCAUACGUUCAAAUGAUGCCACAAAACUUUCCCCAGUACAAUCCUUACUUGGCAACGGCGUCUACAGCUUCACUCCUGAACAGACAGCCCAUGCCGACGUAUCCGAGCGUGGUAUCACCAUACGUUUCACCACCCCAACCCCAAGGUCCCAUGACUGGUGAUGCGGCCUUCCUGUACUCUCAUCUCACCAAUUCCCCUUCGAUGCUGCAGUUGCAGAAUAACAUGCCAGAUAGCUACAGUGUCCCCAGCAAUGCUAUCGAUCGCUUUGAACCACUCGAUUCGAAAGCAUCUGACGAGAGUAGUGAUAACGACAGUUCAGACAGUGAUCCACCAUACGUCUCAGGGGAGAGUUCAGACGAAUCCAGCCAGAUAGCCGAGGUAGAUGAACCACAAAGUGACCCUCCCAGUCCAACAUACAAUGAAAAUCCGUUCGAGCAAAGCGAGUCAGCGUUAGCCUAUACCCAGUACAAGGACAGCAUAAUGCCGCUGCUAGAUGCUAAUCCAGGUGAUGUGCGCAUUUCUGUCGCAACGUGCACGCUCGGUAGCAGGGAACCGAACAAAACCGACUGCUUUAAGUACUUUGUCUGCAAUCCCCAGAAUGGGGCGUUCCAAUCGUUUACCUGUCCCUCGUUUACAGCCUUCAACAAGGAGACGCGAUUGUGUGAUACGGCAUCAUACCAGGCAUGCAAAUCGCAACAGACACCCACCACUACAACGCCACCCUCCAUAAUUCGUUACAAAGGCUCAGCAGCACACCCAAACUCGCAUCUCAUGAAAAACGAUAUACUCACUGCCCAGAAGUAUGUGGAGCUAAUUCGUCAAGAGGCGAACAAACUUUUGACUCGAAAUAACAUGCCACUGCCGGCUGAGCAGAUAGUCGUUCUGCCAGCACUGGACACAGUACAUGCGGCCGAGUUUCACACCGUCAAACCAUCGGUAAAAGUGCGAAGAAAGUCGUCUUCCAAACAUUCCCCGAAGCCAACGACGACAUCCACAACCAUGACUACGACGACUACGACCACAACUACUGCUGCACCCACGGUAAAGCGAUCGAAGACCGCACGCAAAGGACCGCGAUGUCGUGCGGAGGGUCGCAUUCCCAAUCCGCUCGAUCAGCAUAGCUACUACGUUUGCCACCGAAAGAGUCAGAAAAAGUUUGUCAAAAUGAAAAUGACUUGCCCUUCGGGGCUUAAAUACUGCGCAGCAUCACAGUACUGUUCGUCGCACUGUUGAAUGAUACUGGUUAAUUUAUGAUUAUUUAUUUGAUUUUAACAUUAUUUAUAGACCCUAAUUUUAGCGAUGCGUUAGAAAAUGUAGACAGUAGACGUUGUUAUAUUUGCUGAAAAUGUCAUGUUUUGUGUUUUCCUCGUUGUCUGAAUCGUAAAUUUAAUAUGAAUAUAAUGAGAAAAACGUAGCUGGUUGCAUGUGU